AUGGAGCAUUUAACAGACCUCAACGAUUGGAUAGACAAGCGAAGCCAAUUCAACGACAUCUGCCUGCCCCAGAUUUACUUCGGAUCAGAAACGAAGAUACUGGAAACCCAACUCCAUGUAUUCAGCGACGCCUCCGAACUUGCCUUAGCAUCAGUUGCUUACCUCAGAAUCAGAUACGACGACGACACAACGGAACUCAAGUUCGUCAUUGGAAAAGCCCAAGUAGCACCCAUCAGCAGAAUUCCAAAUCUCGAGCUUCAAGCCGCCACUAACGGAGCAAAACUGUCUCGUUUCAUCAAAGAACAACAUGACAUACGAAUCGACAGUACGACACUAUGGACAGAUAGUACAACAGUUCUUCAUUGGAUAAACUCGCCGAAUCAACGACACCGGAUCUUCAUUUCCAACCGCCUGAAUUUCAUCAUGGACUCAACAUCUUCACUGGACUGGAGAUACGUGCCCAGCAAAGACAACCCUGCAGACGACGGAACACGUGGUUACAAAACUUGA